AUGACCCUCGAAGACCGCAUCGCCGCACUAGCCAUAACAACCUUCUCCUCCCUCCCCGCAAAAUGCAAACCCCGACCCCAAGAAUGGAUCCCCAUGACAGCCAUCAUCCUCCAAACAUCAGACGAAAUCCUCCAUUUAGCCUCACUAGCCACAGGUUCCAAAUGCAUCCCCUCCACAACCCUUCCCAAAGCAACGGGCCUUGUCCUUCACGACUGUCACUCUGAAAUCCUCGCCCUUAGAGGUUUAAACCAUUUCCUUCUUCAAGAUGCUCAGCAGAUCCUCACAGACCCUGACUACCAAUCCCCGUAUUUAAUAUACAACAACCGUAACAAUUGCAAUAAUAUUAAGAAUAAUGAUAAUAAUGAUGAUAACAAUGACCCGGAUACCCCCCCAUUCACCCUCCACCCCUCCAUCUCAAUCCACCUCUUCUCAACCGAACCACCCUGUGGCGAUGCAAGCAUGGAAUUCAUCAUAUCAGCCCAACAAGACCCAACCCCUUGGUCCCUCCCCACCACCACCACCACUAACAACAACAAAGAAAACACCCCACACCCCAGUAACCCCCUCCCCGGCCGCUCCUACUUCUCAACCCUCUCAAUCGUCCGUCGAAAACCCUCCCGUCCAGACGCCCCUCCAACCCUUUCAAAAUCCUGCACCGACAAACUAACCCUCAAACAAUUCACAUCCGUCCUAUCCUCUCUAUCUUCAAUCUUAAUCUUACCCACAAAAGCAGCUUAUAUAAAAACAUUUACAGUCCCAUUCGACAAAUUUAAUCAAGAGGGUUAUACCAGAGCUUUUACCCCAUCCCCCCCGAAUGGAAGACUUUCUACCUGUAUGCAUCUUGUCGAUAAUACCGGUAUAGAAGACUAUUCAUUCCACCCAUUAUCCCCCACUCCGCUCUCCCAAUCCUUCCCAUUUACCUCAUAUCCAUACUCAAAACCCCCUCCGCAAGAUACGACGACUAAAGCCUCAAAUAUCUCGACAUUGUACAUCAACCACCCUCGAACUAAACCUAUAACAGAAGUUCUCAUCUCGGGUGUAAAGCAAGGAAAUGCCCAACUAUCGACCGUUCGUGGUGAUAAGAAGGGUAGCGUGGUCUGCAGAAAGAGAAUGUGGCUAUUCUUACGUCAAAUAGUCGAUCUAUUACCAUCAAACCAAUAUCUAGAUACCAAGACCAAAAUAGAGAGCAGUAGUACAUAUUUCGAAUUGAAGGAAAUAAAUAUACAUAGCACACAAAGCAGGAUUAAGAUGAAACACAUUCUCACGGGAGCAUUGAAUGGAUGGGAAAGAAAUAUUGGAGACGAUGAUUGGGGCCUCUGA